UCUUUCAGUUCUGAUUUGAUUAUUUUUGGUGCAGAUCUGGCCUCCCAAGAGUGUGAAAGAUUCAGGAUCUCGUUUUCACUCGCAACUGAAGGAAGCUAUUUUGCAGACCGGUCUGGAGAAGAAUUUGUUUGGGAAUCAUCCAGUUUCUUUAACCAAAGUAGAGUCCCGCGGUCCUCCUCCCCCAGCAUUUGCUUCAGAUCCACUAGUAAAUGUAUCUUCUAGUGGAGUUAGGGAGUAUGAUUUAUCAUCAACUUCUGGUGCAAAGGAUGCACCAACUAUCAACGAAGGAUACGCAAUUUCAAAUGGAGGACCUUCAGAACAUACAACAACAGAAAUUAUGGAGAUAGAUGGUCCUAGUUCAGCCGGGAGUUACAUGAAAAGCUCCAGUCCUGCUCCAAUUGCUACGACAAGAAAGACUAUAUCCACGGUCGAACGGCAAAACUCUGAAAUUUCAUAUUAUGCGGAUGAUGAAGAUGGGAAUCGUAAGAAAUACACUCGAAGAGGUCCACUCCGUCAUAAGUUUCUGCGAGCAUUGCUUCCUUUCUGGUCAAGUGCAUUACCAACUCUACCAGUGACUGCACCCCCACGUAAAGAUGCAUCAAAUACAGAUGAUGUUACAGAGGUUCGUCGGCAUCAAAGAUCCUCAAGGAUGGAUCCAAGGAAAAUUCUCCUUUUUAUUGCAAUCAUGGCAUGCAUGGCAACUAUGGGAAUUCUUUAUUAUAGACUUGCACAACGGGUAACUGAAGAAGGUCUGCCUGGUAACGAGCAGCAGUAACCAUCGUUAAUGUUUGUGAUGGAACAUAGGUCUCACUUAAAAGUACUUGCUUGUCAAUGCUGGUCACUUUCAUCAUUUGCUGCUCUGCUUUUGGUGCACUAUGAUAACUUUGAUCCUUCUUAGUGUCAACCACCUGCCGAUUUCCAGAGAAAUACGCAAGUAGAUAACAGUUUGUUUAUUUUUUGGGGGGGGGGGCGCGGCGAUGCAAGUUUAGAUACUGCACGAGCGUAGAUGGUUUGAAACAACUCUCUUUUCGUACGUAAGUGUCUGUUUUAAUUUUCGUCAAAGAAUCAAUUGAAAAGGCAAAAGGUUUUAUCAUAAUUUCAUUUCGUGAA